AUGCCUGUUUUAAUAACACCAGAAUCUCAAUCUUUAGACUAUAUUUGUUUAUUGUUUAUCAGACUUUUAACAUCAUGUUAAAAUUUCGCUGUUUACUAUUUUACCAUUACAACUUUGUAGUUUAUCUUUGCACAGCUAACGAAGGGCGGGGGGGUGCAAGCUACUAGUAGGAAUGCUACUAGUGGAAAGCUGCUAGUAGAAAAACGGCGACUAGUAGAAAUCCUGCUAGUGUUUUUAGCGUUACAAAAAAGCGCGACCGGUACUAGUGACAGGCGCCACUAGUGAAGGCGCCCACUAGUGGAGCAACUAGUGACAAAAAGCCCGGCUUUGGGGAAAGCGGAAACACUAGUGAGAAAACCCGCCAACGCAGCCGGACCAAGAAACCCCGAAGGAAAUACAAUAGACCAGCAAAAGCCCGCCCGGGCCGCCUGUCAAGGAGCCUCGGUCAGGGGGCUUGGGGCUGCGGCCUCCCCUUGCCGAGCCCUCUUAGAUUCCUGGCUGGCGGCUGCCGAUUGGCUGCCCCGGGCCGAAGUCGUGCUGCAUUCUGGCGCCCCUUGCCAUUUGCCCCUUAAUGCGAGGGGUUUGGCGGCAGUUUGAGCUUUUCCCUGCCGCCUGUGGCUCUCCAGGCCGGGCUUCGUCGCAUGCCGACGGGGCUUUUCGGCCUCGCCGGGGCUGCCUGAUUUUGCAUGCCCCGCGCCCUUUGGGCCGCCGGGCGCGUUUCCGGUUUCUUUACGGCUCGCCCCCUCGGCCUAUUUGGGCGCCCCCCCUUUCGAUUCCAGGGCUUUUUGCCUCUUCCCCGGGCGCGGGCUUUGGCCUGCUUACUUUUUUUGGGGUUGUCUGGUUUCUCACGAGAACCACCCGCAGCGCCCGCCCUGCCUUCCCGCUGCCGCCCUGCCUGCUUUGCUUUGUCUUUCUCUUUGCUUGGCGCUAGCCGUGUUUCCUGUUUUUCGGACGUCGGCGCGCUCUUUUCGUUCUCUCCCCUGGGAUUGGCGGCUCGGACAGGGGCUGCGCUGUGCGCUCCCUACCGCCCCUUGUGCCUCGCGGCCUUCUCUCUACCUACAUUUCUUUCGUUCCCGCCGACCGAGGGAGGUACGCCAGGGGCGCUGCUGUUUCUUUUUUUCGCCUGUCGUGCCAGCAUGGCUUGAGGCUGUAGCGCUAGGCGCUACCCGGUAGGAACUUUCUCCCUCGCUCCCCCUUGCACCCCCUCGUCGCCGGGCCGGCGGGCGCGGAGCGCACGCCCGUUCUAGAUAUUUUACCAUUACAACUUUGUAGUUUAUCUUUGCACAGCUAACGAAAUUUGCAUUCUCGCCUGGCUUUGGGAACAGGGGUCGUUUGGCACUGGCGGUAACCAAUCCGUUACCCUUGCGAACUUGUUCCCUGGCUGGGGCUGGUGGUUAGGGGUUUCCUUCGUUCGUCCUCUGUUCCCAUCGCGGGGCGGGGCCGAGGUUUCGUCUCAUGGUUGCUUGACCAUACUAACGCUUUUCUUUCGCGUGUGCGCUGCGGUUGCGGAAAGGCCCAAGUUGGCCGGGGUUGAGUAGGAAGCACUACUAGUGGAGGAACCGCCCUUGCGGGGUCGCUGGUCGUGCUGCCACUAGGGGCAUUACGCACAUCUUCGCGUAGACGUGCGCGGAGGUCUCGCGCUUGAUCGGGCCUAGUGACUGAGAGGCCCGCUGAUGGAUCCGGUUUCCUGUUUUCUCGUGGCAAGAGUAGGACUUUGGUUGCCAGUCCGCUGCUUUGGUGGCUCGCUUGCUUCUAAGUUUUGGACUCGCCCUACCGGGGGAUUUGGGGUUUUCUAGCACGUUUAGCUUGUUUUGAUUUGGAUUGAUAGUAGCACUUCCCAGUCGAUAGGACUUCCUUCUUUGCUUUCCAUCCGAGAGGAAUUUUUGCUGCCUCACGAGCGGACGGGUCUUGACUGUACUUUGGGGGAGGAGUACAAAGCUGGUCAGUCUUCCUGCAGCGGCGGUCUGCUCUGUGGAAUUGCUUUAGACUUUGCAGUGCCUGAGGCGGCUAGGUUUCGUUCGCUGGCUUUUUCCAGUUAUUUUUCCCAGCCAGGCCGAGGCUGGGGGUACGGUCGAACGGCGGAGCUAUUCUAUUUGGUAAGCCGAGCGGUAUUCUUUUUGCGUGUCCGGGGGACUGCUUUUUGGAAGGUUUUGCUCACUUGUCUCGUCCAGGGCGUACCGGAUCGUUUUCCCUCCCUCCCACCCAAGUGGCCGCUCACGUCGUGCCGGUUCGUCCGGACAGACGUGUUGGUGGUGGAGUGGGCCGUUCCCCGCUACGGAAGCUAGGCACGGCCUGCUUGACCCAGCCCCAUGUUGAAAUUUCGCUGUUUAUUACUAUUUCACCAUUAACAACUUUGUAGUUUAUCUUUGCACAGCUAACGAAAUUUGCAUUGGAAUGCCCCGCAUCUUAGGAAUACAAUCAGAAUUAAAACUGGUGACCUUUAUUGUCAUUGAAGGAUGACAGCAUUUUUAUACUCAAAUGUUGCCAUCGUUAUUUACAUAGAGAACUACUACCAUCCCUACCAUGAACAAUUUCGUACUAGAUUAUCUCCUCAAAAGGACUCAGAACUAAUCUGCCGUACACU